GAGUAUUUUUUUUGUGUAUUUAAAUAGAAUAUAUCAACCGCAUAUUUUCACAAUUUUUGUGUAUUUUAAAUUUGAAAAAGGCGCAAAGAAGAAAACUCGCAAUAGCGGAGAAAAGGCAACGCAACCAAAAUUGAUUUCAUUUUCAUCGCCUUGGCCAUAGUUGAGGAGCAACAACAAACGAGGUGGUUUGGUAGAAUCGCAAAUUGUCAAAAUGGAUUUGAUGGAUCUAAAACUGGAGAACCUGCUUGGGUACGACCCCGACACGAAGAGUUUCAGGGGAAAUCCCCCGAUUGGAUACUAUCGCCAGCCGCUGGCAAGUGAAUAUCCGCUGGACCUAGGACGGGGCUUCAAUCAAUUCAUUCCCCGAAACGGAAACUUUCCACGCGCAUUCAGCACCAUCCAGCACCAUGUUCUGCAUCUACGGGAGCCGCGCCAGCUGCUCAACAAUACGGACUUUUUUCUCAAUCGCGGCACAAUGCUGAUGUUCAUGGGCGAUCGCACUUUCCGCAAAGAGAUGAACUUUGCAGCCUGUCGCUUCAAGGGCUGCAUCUAUGUGCGGUCCCUGUGGGAAGAUUUCGACGAGCGGCCGCCCUUCGUGCCACGCAUAUCUGAAUCGUAUUCCUACAAGGCACGCCAGUACGUUUUUACCCGUUCUCCGGGCGAGCCGCCGAACCUCGAUGCUCCAGUGGAUCAGCGCAAGCAGAUUUAUGGAAUCUUCACGGCAAAAUUGGGAGACUUACGACUGCUCUACUCGGCAGAAGUUAGUGGCGUUUCGAACACCGAACCACUUGGCGAUCUCGACGAUCCGGAGGUGCUUAAGAAAUGCCAGCUGGCCUCACUGAGACUAAAAUUCAAUACAACUGAUGCAAUGCCCUUAUGGCUCAUGCAGGCCUAUUUGGGAGGCAUCGAUCACCUGGCCAUCGCCGUCAAAACUGAGAGCGGCUGCGUGUGCCAACCAAUUGAAGUGGUGUCCAGUGCCAUGGUCAUAAGGAAAAUACAAUUUAACAUACACGAUCGCCUCAAGGCAAUGCAUAAUAUUCUUCAGAAGAUCAGCAUGAGGAUGGGUGAAGAGGACGAUCCUACAAAGGAGUUAAAAUUCCAGUUGGGCCGUGGCUCGAUUUUAUUUGCAGAUCAGUUUGAGUCAGUUCAGCCACCAGGGCAUUUUGAUCAGCAGUUCAUCGAUUUAACCAAUCAGUUGUACAGCCCCAUGUAGGUUGUUCUUUCCGACAAAAAAAAUAUGUAGAAUUAGUUUUCCCCUUAUGCUACAUAGUGAGCAAAUUUAACACGCACUUCGAGUGCAUUUUUGAGACAUUUAAAAUGUCAACGUAAAAUUUCUAAUUUGGUUUUCACGAGAAUUU